AUGAUGAUUCAAUAUUUGCUGGGUUAAUAGUUCAAAAUGUAUCUCAGUCAUCUUCUAGUUCUAAAGAUACUAAUAAUAUUAAUUAGUUCGAAACAAAUCCAAAAUCAUUGGAUUCACUAUAACAAAACCAAUAACAAACUAACAUAAGUAAUACUUAGAUCAUAAAUAAUAUUGUUAUUGAAAAUAAAAAUUCUCAAUAAAAUGAAAAUAAUCAUCCAACUUUAGAUAUUAAUUAAAAAAAUCAAAACCAAUAAAAUAAAUUUAAAGAAAUAUUAUAAAUCAGGUUAAAAUACCAACAGAUUUGAAAAAUACUAGGAAAUUGAAGACCAGAAUUAAACUCAAGAUAUGAUUGAAUAAAGCUAAUAUUUAUAAGAUGAUAAAACAGAUUUAUUAUAUAAAAACUAAAGCUAAGGAAAUGAUUAAAUAACUGAUUAUAAUCUAACUUAAGCUGAUGAAAGUAAAAACGAAAAAUAACAAUAUAAAGAUUAGAAAGUUUAAAAUAUAGUAUAAGUUUAGUAAAAUGAUCAUAUCAUAGAUAUAAAAUAAGUUAAUCAGACACCAUCCACUAAUUUACAAGAGAAUAAGCAAUAAAAAAAAAAAACAUUAAUUUGUAAAUGUUGCUAGAUAUUUUGA